GCACUGACUGGCACUGAUUGGCAGCACUGAUAGGUGGCACUGACUGGCAUUAAUAGGUGGCACUGAUGGGUGACACUGAAAGGUAGCUCAGAUGGGCACUGCUAUGUGGCACUGAUGGGCACUGACAGGUGGGCCAUGGAUGAGCACAGAGAGCUGGCACUGAUGAACACUGACAGGUGGUGCUGCUGGGGCUACACAGAUCAUCAGGGCACACUGAUUAUCACUGUCAGCGUGACAGCUCGUGAGGAGGAGAGAAAUACCAAUAACCGGCAU